GCGGGCGCGCCGGAAGCGGCGGCGCAGGGUGGGUGAGGGCGGCCUGUCCGCGGCCCCCGCCGGUCGCCGGUCCCCUCAGCGCCGGUCCCCAGCCCGCGGGGCCUCCGCCGGCCCACUCUGCCCGCCUGAGCCAUGCAGCUGGGGCGGGCGGGCUUGGCUUGGGCCGCCGCCUUGCUGCUGGCCGCCCUGGGAGCGCAGGCCGCGGCGGGGGAUUUCGACCCGUACCGCGUCCUGGGGGUCGGCCGGAGCUCCAGCCAGGCCGACAUCAAGAAGGCCUACAAGCGGCUCGCCCGGGAAUGGCACCCUGACAAAAACAAGGACCCAGGAGCGGAAGACAAAUUCAUCCAGAUUAGCAAGGCCUAUGAGAUUCUCUCCAACGAGGAAAAAAGGGCAAACUUUGAUCGCUACGGAGAUGCCGGGGACAGCCAGGGCUACUCUCAGCACCAGCAUCGCCAGUUCCACCACUUCCAUGAAGGCUUCUAUUUUGAUGAGUCCUUCUUCCAUUUCCCCUUUAAUUCGGAGAGGCGGGACAGCUCCGACGAGAAGUAUUUGCUCCAUUUUUCCCACUACAUCAACGAAAUCGUGCCAGAUAGUUUCAAGAAACCUUACCUCAUUAAAAUAACCUCAGACUGGUGUUUCAGCUGCAUCCACAUUGAGCCUGUGUGGAAGGAAGUUGCUCAGGAAUUGGAGGCGCUGGGAGUGGGAAUCGGAGUCGUUCACGCUGGGUACGAAAGACGCCUCGCCCAUCACCUAGGUGCGCACAGCACACCCUCCCUACUAGGGCUUAUUAACGGGAAAAUAACCUUCUUCCACAACGCUGUCAUUCGAGAAAACCUGCGGCAAUUCGUGGAGAACCUUCUGCCGGGGAAUCUCGUAGAAAAGAUUACAGAUAAAAACUACAUCCGCUUUCUCUCCAACUGGAAGAAAGAAAACAAGCCCCAUGUCCUUCUAUUUGAUCAUAUGCCAGUUGUGCCGUUAUUAUACAAGCUGACUGCCUUUGCGUACCGAGAUUACUUGUCCUUUGGUUACGUGUACGUCGGACUCCGAGGCACCGAGGAGUUGUCCAGUCAGUACAACAUCAACGUCUACACGCCCACCAUGAUGAUCUUCAAGGAGCACAUCGACAAGCCCGCUGAUGUUGUGCAGGCACGAGAUAUGAAGAAGCAGCUCAUUGACGACUUCCUUUCCCAGAAUAAGUUCCUCAUGGUGGCCAGACUCACCAACCAGAGGCUCUUCCAGGAGCUGUGUCCUGUGAAGAAGUCUCACCGUCAACGAAAGCACUGUGUGGUCCUACUUACCGGAGAAGGCGAGAAGUUUGCCGAGGCUUAUGAGACGUUUUUGGCUUUCGCUGUGGCCAACACAAAAGACACGCUGAAGUUUGUGCACAUCUAUAAUGAUCGGCAGCCGGAAUUUGCAGACGCCUUGCUGAUGGAUGAGGAGAAGUAUCGGGGAAAAUCAGCUGUGGUCAUUUUGGAGAGACGCAACAACGCGGGGAAGAUCGCCUACAAAACCUUGGAGGAUGCCUGGCAAGGCAGCAAUGAGGACAACUUCAUCCUCCUGGAUCUUCUGGACCAGCUGAGGACAGACCCUGGCCUUCUCUCUUCAGAGACUGUCCUGGCAGACUUGAAUGACGAACUCGCUCCCAUGUUCCUUAUCCGAUGGCUCUAUUCCAUGCUGGACUAUAUCUCGGACUGCUGGGACAGUUUGUUUCACAGUAACUGGCGAGAAAUGAUGCCGCUGCUGUCCUUGCUCUUCUCUGCACUCUUCAUCCUCUUUGGCACCGUUAUUGUUCAGGCUUUCAGCGAUUCGAGUGAUACAAGGGACUCUCCUCCCUCUGAGAAAGAAGAAACCGCCGCAAAGACCGAGAAGAAUGACGCGAGCUUCAGCAAAGAGAGUAACAGGAUUCCCAAGAAGGGCUUCGUCGAGGUGACCGAGCUAACGGACAUCAACUAUAACAGCAACCUGGUCCGCCUGAGGCCGGGGCACAUGAACGUGGUCUUGAUCCUGUCCAACUCGACCAAAACCGCCCUCCUCCAGAAGUUUGCCCUGGAAGUCUACACGUUCACAGGGAGCAGCUCUCUUCAUUUCUCCUUCCUCAGCCUGGACAAGCACCGAGAAUGGCUGGAGUACUUGUUAGAGUUCGCGCAGGAUGCGGCCCCCAUCCCAAACCAGUACGACAAGCAUUUCCUCGAGCGCGACUACACGGGCUACGUACUGGCUCUGAACGGCCACAAGAAAUACUUCUGCCUCUUCAAGCCUCACAGAUCGGGGGAUGAGGGGGGAACCCUGGGCUCGUGCGAGGAUUACGAUUCCUCACUACACACAGAAACCAGAGGGAAAUCCUCCUGCAGCCCGGGAUCUAGAUCCAUUAAAAACAAAUUACACAAAUUGUCCUUUUGGAUGGAACGCCUCCUAGAGGGUUCCUUACAGAGGUUCUAUAUCCCCUCGUGGCCCGCGCUAGACUGAGGGAUUUUAAAGAGAUUCUAAUGGACAAACUUUUUAUGAAGAUGACAAGGGACAGCUCUUUCCAGGAAUAAGAAAACAAGCGUGACGAAUGGACCUUAGGUUUUAGAUGAACUCUCCUAGGGCCGGCGACUAGAGCCCAGGAGCACAGCCAAGCGCACCGAAAUUCCCUCCACUGUCUCCUUCGUGCGUUUGGAUGCCGUACUACCGAAGAGCCAAGAAGUCCGUUUUUCCCUUCUUGUCUUGCCGCAUCCGCUUCCCGAGUCACCCUCUGUUCCAUCUCUCGUUUUACCUCGGUUGAAGAAAAAAAAACCUGUGACUUCUCUGCGCGGUGACUCGGUCCAGACCGAACGCGGCCGGCGACGCAGGUUGGGUUGUGGUUCUCUCUCCCCUUCCCUGUGUGCUUAGCCCAUGGUGCAUGGUGUAACACUGGCAAGACCCCGCAGACCCUCCCAGGCCCUGCCCUUCCGAAAGGCCUCCUCCCACCAGGCGGUCGUACUUUUAUCGGCUUUCCCCGGGGUAAGUGCUCUAGAGUACGGUCGGGAGCAUCUCCCUUGUAGCAAACCUGUAGCUGGGACUCACCUGUGGUGCGGGCUCCUAGGCGAUCUGCAUGUUUCAUGCUCCUCGUGUCAUAGUUCCACGUGCAGCUUCACCGGCUAAACCGUAACCGGGGAGGGAAGGGGUUUUGCACGGCCACAAAUACUGUAAAGGUGUUGAGCCAUUUAAACGUUACAUUGAUUUUUUCAGAUGCCUUUCUGCUUCUGUCGAUUUUAGACGAUGUAUCCUAGAGCCAUAACUUUAACUGUGUCCUCAGAUUGUAGGCGUGAGCUGCUAUGAGCCAGUAGAUGUGUCAAAGAAACUCUACCUAGCUGCUAGGGAGUCAGUCCGGGCUCCUUUCAAACACCCUUACGUCUGUAGUACAAACCAACCUUUCUUUGUAUCAAGGAACCUAAUUCUUCGAUGAUUGUAUUCUUGAAACGUCGCCCCAGAAGUGCUGUAUCAUGAGACCGUCUCUUACGUGUGAAACUCCUUUUGCUUUAGGCGUGGGUUUAAGACACUCGGUUUCAGCCUCUCGCCUGUUUCCUUCUUGCCACAACGUUUGUUUCUCAACAUGCAGGCUGCUGCCUUGGUUUUUUGUUUGUUUGCGUUGGGUUUUGUUUUUAUCUUUUUGAACUCAUAGGUCUGUGUGAAGCCAGAAGAGUCAUAAAGCGCAGGGCUCAGUUUAUGCUUUGCCCUAGCAGGGCUCCAACAGCCACUUUCAACACCGCAGGGGGAACGGGCGGCGCUUCGUGCAGCGGAGGGAAGGGCAGCAGCAGACUCAUGGCCGCUUGCCACUCCUCAAGCGAUAAAGCAAAGCAGCAGGGUUUCUCUUUGCAGCCGGGACCGAAAUCCUGUGGGGCUUGUGUUUGCUUUUCACGGCUCCGGGGCAGACACUGUCGCCCAGGCUGGUACCUGCUGCGCCUCCUCCAGCCGCUCUGCGCAGGAGCCAAGUCCCCGUGGUCCCCAAGUCGCUGUUAGGCUACAGCGCUGCCAAAGCAUGGGGGUCUCAGCGGGGCAGCCUUUGUUGUAGGGCUCAGAACCCAACGGUAGAGCACCUGGUCAAGCACUUGGCGUUAAUUAAAAGCUCACUCCUUGCCACCUUAGUUACCAUCUUAGCAGAGCAGGCAGUUAGUAGGAAUAACUAUGCCAAUCUCUGAGCCAGCUGCCGAUCCCAUAGGAAACCUGGGAAUGCUCAAGUCAUUUCACUGCCUACGUGACCCAGUUGCUCACAAACGCUUGGCUUGCUGCAUUCCUCCCCGCCCGGGGAGCAGAUCGGCGUGCUGCGACCACCACAGGUAUCUCAAACCCCGUGUAUAAUGUACUUCCAAAUAAAGGCUACGAUGCUACCAACUGACCCUACGUGAGGUUACUUAAUUUUAGCUCAGCAGCUCCGAGCUUGUGCUGCUGCACGAAUGAAGCACUAAAGGAGAGGGAAGGAAGGAAGGCAAGGUCUUCUCCCUGCCAAAGAGCUCUGAGGCGCAGGCGUACUGCUGAAACAGAGCGGGACGGGGAACGAAAGGCUGGCCUGAUGCCGCUAGACUUCAUUUUCGUUUGGCUGGAGCAAGGGCCGUAGCACUCCCGUGCUUUUCCCGCAGCUUGCCGUGCAGGACGAGGCUAGAAUACAGUUGUAGCCCAGUGGAAGGCUCCGCAUCACUUUUUACAUGUUUGCAAAAGCAAAAAAAAAAAAAACCCACACUCUGGGUCUCUGCUGUCGCUAGUCAGAAACCAGGAGAAAACCCCUGAUAUAUUAAAAAAAAGUGCCUAGUUGUGCUACAGCAAGGGAAUUCAGCCCUGCCCCAAGAAAGAAGAUAAGGCCUUAUGGCCUUCAAACUACAGUUCGUGCGCCGCACACCAGCUGGAAUCCUUUUUGUCUUUUCUUUUUAGCAGAGGUAACCUCCCCUUUUAGACCAUUUUUUUGUUUAAGGAGCACUUGCAGCAGUCCAUCCUUACCGGCUGUGGCUUUUAACCUGGUUUUUAUUGCUGUUUUAUGGAAAGUCUUCUUACGUGGGCUGAAGUGAAUGCCAAACUCUUCUAAACCCCUCGUUUAGUUAGCUGUGGUGUCCAUGGUGGAGCACUGGCUGCUUGCUUUCUUGUAGAAGAGCGUGGUUGGAGGCUGCUUGCGCCCAAGAUUUGUCCACCGCGUCCCAGCAUUCGCGAGCUGUCACCCCCCGAUAAUUUUCUCACCUGCCGCCUCCAGCGGCGCUCGACCCAUAUCGUACCGUAUCGUCAGCAAAACGCGCUCGCGAUUCUGUUAUGCACAUGGCGGUUCGUAAUCCAAAGAUUGAGGGAAUUCAGUCCAAGUGCGCUAUUCUAGUGAAGUCCGAGCACUCGCACACCGCUCAGAAGCUGAAGCAAAGGGAUACCAGGCCCCCGCUCUAAAGGUUUGGUACCAAAACGCCUCCCUGUUCCCAGCGUGGUGGGCAGCGGCUGCCUGCUCCGCUCUGCCGUGCGCCGAAAGCCUGCCAGGAGCUAGCACACUAUCGCAGCCUGAGAAGUAGGACUGAAAACUAGGUACAUAUUUUGCACUUUUGAUACUGGGGAGGGGGGGGAAAUUAACUUAUUUGGCAAACUUGUCUUUUUUUAUUUUUGGUUCGGUUUUUGUUUUGGUUUUUUGGGUUGGUUUUUUUUUUUUGUAUUUGUGAACAGGCACUGAUGUCAUUUUGUUUUAAGACGAUUACAGAUUCGCAACCAAAAUAAACUAUUUUAAUGUGU